UCUCUCUCUCUGUGUAUCAAUUCCUUUACAUUUAGGCAUACAUUACACAUUAACUUGUCUGAUAAUGAAUGUAUUCUUCUUCUACUUGUAUGCUUUGUGCUAAUUUACUACGAGGUUCUCUUUAUAGGAAAUGGGUUCUGUUUGCAAUCAGUUGUUUCUUUAUAGGACUCUUUUAAGUAAUUAAUGUCAAACUUUGGUGAAUAGCAAAAAAGAUGAUUUUAUUGAAAAGUUUUUUGCUUUGUUCCACAAGGUUGACAUUUUCAAUGUCAAGCACAAGCAAGACUCUCCAAUUUUAGUAUUUAUGCAUGUGUCUAGUAAUAUAGUGGUGAAAUUCUGGUUGGAAAUUGCAUGAUUUGUAGAAGAAUCAUGAAUUUUCUUGCUGGUCAUUAGCUAAAUUCAGGUUGCAGGAAAUUGGGAGAUGCUAUAUUGCUUGUUUUAAUUGAGGGGUUUAGUUGGUUGGUUUAAAGGACUAGAAAGGAUAUUGGAAACUGACUCAUGUGGCUAUUCUUAAAUUGCAAUUGGAAGUUUAAAGAAGAAGUAUGGCUAUAUCUGCAAAUUCAGUCUGUUUAUCUCAUGAAGAAAGUAUUUGUAGUUCAUACUUUCGACCAGGAAUUGCAAGUUAUGAAAGAAUUCAUGGGAGGAGGGGACUUAAUUAUCAAAGCAUAGUUGUGUUGAACUUUUGGCCUAAUAGCAGAAAGUCAAGAUAUGUUCAGUUGAUGAGAACUCAUAAGAAUUAUCAUGGGAUCAAGCUAAGAUGCUCACAUGGAUUCUCGGGAUGGACAAAGAAAUUUUCCUCAUUUUGUAGGACUGGUGCAAAUGUAACUAAGGCAAAAGAAGUGCUUAACUUUCUGAUGUUUAGUGUGUCAAACAACCUGAAAGAAAAGAGCCACCUGCAGUUUCUGAAAGUUGCCAGCAUACUAGCAUGUGUAUUAUUGUUCAUUCCAUCAGCUGAUGCUGUUGAUGCUCUGAAAACCUGUACUUGCUUAUUGAAGGAGUGCAGGUUAGAAUUAGCUAAGUGCAUCGCUAACCCAGCAUGUGCUGCAAAUAUCGCUUGCCUUCAGACUUGCAAUAACCGGCCUGAUGAGACUGAAUGCCAGAUCAAAUGUGGAGACCUGUUUGAAAACACUGUAGUGGAUGAAUUCAAUGAGUGUGCAGUCUCGAGAAAGAAGUGUGUACCUAAGAAAUCUGAUGUCGGGGAAUUUCCUGUCCCUGAUCCAGCUGUUCUUGUCAAGAGCUUUAACAUUGCAGAUUUUAAUGGGAAGUGGUAUAUUACCAGGGGGUUAAAUCCCACCUUUGAUACUUUUGACUGCCAAUUGCAUGAAUUCCAUGUAGAAUCUAACAAACUUGUGGGAAAUAUAUCAUGGAGAAUACGAACUCCAGAUAGUGGCUUCUUCACUCGUUCAACUGUGCAGAGGUUUGUUCAAGAUCCCAUGCAACCUGGAAUACUCUACAAUCAUGACAAUGAGUAUCUUCACUAUCAAGAUGAUUGGUAUAUUCUAUCAUCCAAGGUGGAAAAUAAAAGCGAUGAUUACAUCUUUGUGUACUACCGGGGUAGGAAUGAUGCAUGGGACGGAUAUGGUGGUGCUGUUGUAUACACAAGAAGUUCAGUUUUGCCGGAAAGCAUUGCACCUGAACUGGAAAGAGCAGCUAAAAGUGUCGGACGAGAUUUCAGCAAGUUUAUUAGAACAGAUAAUACUUGUGGGCCGGAACCUCCCCUUGUUGAGAGACUGGAGAAGACAGUAGAGGAAGGAGAGAAGAGCAUAAUACGAGAGGUUCAAGAAAUUGAAGGGGAGGUAGAAAAGGUGGGCAAGACUGAAAUGACCUUGUUUCAGAGAUUAGCAGAAGGAUUUAAAGAACUCCAGCAAGAUGAGGAAAUUCUGCUGAGAAAACUAAGUAAAGAAGAGAUGGAAUUGUUUAAUGAUCUAAAAAUGGAAGCGAGUGAGGUGGAAAAACUCUUUGGAGGAGCACUCCCAUUAAGGAAAUUAAGAUAGAAUCUUUAGAACAAACUAUUUGUUUUAUACAUUAUAUUUAAAACGUUUAUAGUUUUAAUUCUUUUACCCUGUAAUUUGCUGUAGCAAAGUAAUUGACAAUUAAUAUUUAUCUUAA